GAGAGUAGCAAUGGAGAUCACCAUUAACGAGAAGAAGAUAUUCUCGAGACAAUCUUCUUCAUUCAGACUACGAAGUCCGAGUCUAAACGCUCUCCGUCUCCAACGUAUCUUCGACCUAUUCGACAAAAACAGCGACGGAUUCAUCACCGUCGAAGAACUGAGCCAAGCCCUCUCACGACUUGGUCUGGACGCGGAUAUCUCGGACCUCAAACCAACCAUCGAAUCUUACAUCAAACCGGACGAAACCGGACUCCGGUUCGAAGACUUCGCAGCACUGCACAAAACACUAGACGAGUCCUUUUUCGCAGGAGACUGCGAGUGCGACGGAUCUCCGGAAUCAGAUCUGGAAGAAGCUUUCAAAGUGUUUGACCAAGACGGUGACGGGUUUAUCUCCGCCGUGGAGUUGCAAAAUGUUUUGAAGAAGCUAGGGCUUCCUGAAGCAGGAGAGAUUGAACAAGUAGAGAAGAUGAUUGUCUCCGUUGAUAGCAAUCACGAUGGUCGCGUUGACUUUUUUGAAUUCAAGAACAUGAUGCAAACUGUUAUUGUCCCUUCCUCUUAAAUCUUCAUUUAACCUUUCUCGUUUGAUUUGUCUCCUUGAAUGGAAAACAAUUUCAAGAUAAAUCUUGUGUAAUGUUUUAUUCCAAGAAAAUCAAAUUAUGUUCCGUUU